UCCACAGUUGGCAUUUUGCUGUAAGGAAACAUACCCAACUAGUUAGCUCGCACUUUCUCUCUCAUCAUACUCUUUCGGAGGAAGCUCACCCAACCCUGUAAUUAUCUCUCUCCUUCGCCCCUGCCGCGCCCCCACACCUCCCUUCUCUCUGUCUUGGUCCCUCUGUUUCAAUCCUGGCAGAACCAUCAAGAAUAAAGCCGUCCAGGUUAUCUCUCUCUCUCUCUCUGCGUUCAUGAUUUUCGUGGCAUUUUGUGGACAAUAUAUCGUUUGUGGAUUUGACUUCUGAUCUGCUCAUACACGUGUUUGUGUGGGCAGGUGUAGAAUUGAGUGUGCAGAUCUUGAUCUGUGAAGACAGAGAAGAUGAAUAGAUGCGGAUCUCGGCAGAAGGUUUUGGGAGUCUGUAGAGAGAUGAGGGGACAAACGAUCUGUGCCUCCGAUGGCGUCAUUUGCCCUAAGCCUCGUCGACUUGGAGCCUUGAAUCCCUCCAUUAACGACCAGAUCAGACAAUCUAGGUGGCACAUCAAUUAUCUCUCUGAGGCUUACGACUCAAAAGCAGGGCCGGAAGUUCUCGACAUCAUUCUCCCUAAGGGAAGUUAUGGUGCUGAGAAGUCCAAUACUCAGGUGGCUUCAUCGCCACCAUUCUUUUGUGGGUCUCCACCAAGUAGGGCUUCAAACCCUGUGGUCCAAGAUGCAGAGUUUGGCAAUGACACAUUCAAUCUGUUACCAUUGGCUCUCGAAGCAUCGCCAACAUCCUCAACAUGUAAAAACGGAGGAUGUGUUCGUGCAAUAUUAGGGCACAAGCCAGCCACAGUGAGAAUUGAAGGGUUCAACUGCAGGGGCAUCUCUGCUGUAGCUUAGAGUCUUGGACAAACUCCAUUGUGCGACCCUCAAAAGCAGAUGGAGAAACAAAGAGUUGGGGUGAGUUUUUAGGGGAGAGGAACUAUUUAGUUUUGUAUAUAGAUGUUGAAAAUGGGUCAUCAUUUGCUAAGUUUUGUGUCAAUUGACAAAUAUGUAUAUGUAAAUGUAAACGAGUUGAUGAGAGAAGUUGAUGCUAAUGAAGCUGAAGAGAAGGGAAAAUCCUCCUUUUUUUGUAGUAGUUUUUGGUGAGGCCGUGGGUAGCGUACUUGGUCUGGUGGUAGUAUUGAUUUUAGAGCAGAAUUUUUGGUGACCGAGUUUCCCCCUUGUCCUUCAUUGUAAUUCUUGCCCGACGGCAAGGAGGAAAUGGUGUUUCGAAGAUUAUUUUUUGUGUUUUUACGCGUGCUUCUAUUCGUAAUAACCCCGUAUAGAUUUUAGAAGCACGUGGUAUUGAGUUUGUCAACUUUUGAUACAAGUCAUGUAACUCUCUGUUCAAAUUCACUGAAUGAUGUUAUAGCCACAAUAAUGUAAUGUAACUCGUUG